AGCCUGCUGAAUCAGACUGCCAGGACUGCAGCCCACCGCCUCAUUCUCACAUCAGGAGGGCACCAUUAGUGAUCCGACAUCCAGGAUGUUGGACAACGAGGAGUUCAUGGUGGAGACCUCCCCGCGGGAGCUCAUGCAGAACCCGCUCAGGAAGAUCUGGAUGCCGCACAAAAACGGGCACAUAGCUCACAGACGGGUGUGUAUGAUGAACUGCCCGACCCUCAUUGUGACUGUGGGACUUCCAGCCCGAGGGAAGACUUACAUUUCAAAGAAGCUUACACGCUACUUAAACUGGAUAGGUGUGCCAACCAAAGAGUUCAAUGUUGGCCAGUACCGGAGAGAGAGUCUGAAGAUCUACAAAUCCUUUGAGUUCUUCCGUCCAGAUAAUGAAGAGGGAUUAAAAAUCAGACGUCAGUGUGCGUUGGCAGCACUUAAUGAUGUUCGGCAGUACCUGAGUGUCGAAGGAGGACAGGUGGCGGUGUUUGAUGCCACAAAUACAACAAGAGAAAGGAGAGGGACCAUUGUGAAGUUCGCGGAGCAGAAUGGGUUCAAGGUAUUUUUCGUGGAGUCUGUGUGUGAGGACCCAGAUGUUAUUGCACAAAAUAUAGUGCAAGUUAAGCUGGGCAGCCCAGACUACAUACACUGCAACACAGAGGAGGCCAUUGAGGACUUCAUGAAGAGGAUCGAGUGUUACGAGUCCUCCUACCAGCCUCUGGACGAAGUUAUGGACAGGGAUCUGUCCUACAUAAAAAUCAUGGACGUGGGCCGUCGUUACCUGGUGAACCGCGUCCUUGACCACAUCCAAAGCCGAAUCGUCUACUACCUGAUGAACAUCCACAUCACGCCACGCUCCAUCUACCUGAGUCGCCACGGGGAGAGCGACCUCAACAUCAAGGGACGGAUUGGAGGAGAUUCUGGCUUGUCUGCCAGAGGAAAAGAGUUUGCCAAAAGUCUGGGGAAAUUCAUCCAGGACCAGAACAUCAAAGAUCUAAAGGUGUGGACGAGCCAGAUGAAGAGGACAAUCCAGACGGCGGAGUGUCUUGGGGUGCCAUACGAACAGUGGAAGUCACUCAAUGAAAUAGAUGCUGGUGUGUGUGAGGAGAUGAUGUAUGAGGAGAUCCAAGAGCAUUACCCUCUGGAGUUUGCACUGAGAGACCAAGACAAGUACCGCUACCGCUAUCCUAAAGGAGAGUCUUAUGAAGACUUGGUGCAGCGACUGGAGCCUGUGAUCAUGGAGUUGGAGAGACAGGAGAAUGUUCUGGUUGUUUGUCACCAGGCAGUCAUGCGUUGUCUUCUUGCAUAUUUCCUGGACAAGACUGCAGAGUUGCCUUAUCUUAAGUGUCCUUUGCAUACAGUGUUGAAGUUGACCCCCAUGGCUUACGGAUGUAAAGUGGAGUCUGUCUAUUUAGGCGUGGACUCUGUGAACACACACAGAGAAAAACCAGAGAAUGUGAACGUGCAGCGCACCACAGAAGAUGCUCUGCAGACAGUCCCAGCUCACCUCUAACCUCCUGCACUCCCCGUUCCAGCCGAGACCUCGUCCGACUAUCUGCUCGGACUUCUGAACUGCAUAAUGGCAGCGGUGCUGUUCAACCACCCAGACUCAAACUGUAAAGCACUUUCACUGAACGUCAUUUUUAUAUGUAAUCUGUUCUGUUGUGAACUUCACUGAACUGUUACUCUAGCUCAGCUCCAACUGAGGACAACGAAAGGAAAAUGCCAAUAUUUUUUUCAUAUGUGGGUCUGCUGUUGCUGUUGCAAUAAUAUUCCCUUACAUUUCAGCACCUUUUUCUCCAUGAUGAUAUUUAAUAACUACUGUGUAUCGUGCACCGUGUAUCCUGCCAUAUGCUUCCAGUGUUUCUGAAGACGUUUUAACUGUUUGAAAAACGAGUAUCGUGACACUAAAAAACUGUGAAGAUUCUAAAGAAAAGACUACUUCAGUUAAAAUGAUAAAAGUCGUAAUUCCCUGACUGAUGAGCAGAAACGCAAAUGAACUUUUUAUUUUUUUAAAAACUGUUUUUCUUUGCUAGUUGUUGGAUUAUAUUAAAAAGGCAGCCAUUGUGUUACGGAGGCCCUGAGAGGCAAGUGAGCAAAGAAUUCUGGUGAUACAUUUUUUAAGUCUGACCUACACGGUUUUCUUUCCUGUGUUAAUGACUCAAGAACAGGUGGAAAAAAAUGUCCUAAAAAUGCAGGAUAGUCUUUUUAAAAUUAAGAUAAUUUGAGCAACAAGUGGAAAAGAGUUUUGCCUGGAUCAAUUUUGUUGUGAAUUUUUUAUUUAUUUUUUGUCAAGUGUUGUUCUAAAACUCAUUUUGUCAUGACUGCCCCAUUUUUAAAAUGACUAAAAGCAUUCGUGAGUUCUCCCAGGUGAGUUUUAAUUUCUCCAUGCACUCUAAACACGAGGUUCAUAUAUUGUGUGUUAAUAAGUUAUUUAACACUGCUCUCAUUUGUUUUUCUUUCGGCUAGAAAUAAUAAUGUUUAUUUACAUUUUUAUUUUGCUUAACAAGGUGAAGAUUGUGUGAUUUAGUCUGCGCCAAAAGAAGAAACGACAGUAAUGUUACAGAACUUGUCCUAUGUAGAGCAUGGGGUUGUGGUGCACUUCAGCCUCUUGUGGCCGAAAUGAGUAUUACAACUACCAACACAAAAAAAUAUAAAGAAAGAAAAUUCACCUACCACUUUUUCCCACCUUUCACAGAUGGGGGGAAAAGUAAUUUAGAAAUGUGAUGCUGACUAAAGUUAUUUUUCCACCUGAGACAACCUUUUUUCACCUGUUGUUAUGUCAUAAACAGGAGAGAAAACUAUUUAGAUUUAGGGAAAAGGAUCACCAGAAUUGUUCUUCCUCAGUUGCCUCUCAGGGCGUCCGUACAGUGUAUCUACUCUGAGUAAACAAAGAUUAAUAUAAAUCUUAAACCAUUUCAGAGGUGAUAAUAAAAUCCUUUCACCAUAAAGGAUGGAAAUGAGAUUGUAAAUAUACCUGACACAGAUGUAGCUUCUGUUCUGUAACCUGAACUCUUGGGAUCAGACCUUUCCUCUGUUACUAUUAUAAUGUUUAAACCAAAAAUAAUUUUUGGGAUGGACAGUGAAAUGCUGUGACAAAUCUCCAGUCAUUAGUCUGUCACUGAAGAAGGCAGCCUUUGAUUGACCUGUGAUGUUAUUGUUGAAAUGAAUGCCUCGGUUUAAAGGUACCGUGCAAACUGUACACGCAUGUGUGUUUGAUGUAAAAUAUAUAUAUGUGUGUGUGUGUGUGUGUGUGUGUGUGUGUGUGUGUGUGAAUCUACAUGUAUUUUAUGGUUUAUCAGUUUUUGGAGACCUCUGUACAUUUUCUGUAAUAUUAUACAUUUGAUAUUGUACAUUACUGUGCUGAAAAUAUGAUUCCAAAUGCCUUGUUUGUCUCCAGCUGUCACAAUCUCAAUAAACUGUCAAAGUUUGGGGUAAA